ACAAACUCAUGCGUGUGUUACUACUGUUUUGAAUCCUCCACACUUGGCAGUGUCUCCAAGCCUCAAAAAGAGCUCAAGUAGGUUUCUUGGAAGCCACUCUUGAAGGCUACGACUUUAUAUAUAUCCCCCACAAACGACACGUCUUACAUAAACUCCAUCACAUUCAAGCCACCACUUGACGAUUUCACUUUCAUAAUUUCCCUCAGCUUCUUUUAUUUUUCUUCGUGUCAUAGUGACUUCAACAAACGAAUACACACACACGCAGUUGUUUCUGUGAUACCUCACCAAUCUUGAAGGAUGGCAGCGAAAGCCAAGAACAAGGUUCAGAUUGAACUGGGAUGCGGUUUGUUGGGGAGAAUUUUCCAUCUCAAAACCAAUAACAGGCCUAGAAAAUCCUCUGUCCAUUCACUACCCGUGAAGGCUUGCAACACUGCACAACAGAGGGAUCAGGCUAAAGCAGAAUCCAAAACCCCCCCAAACCAUGAAUCAAAGGUUCCAAGAGAUAGCACCACAUCGAGAAAAACUACCUCUAGUAACCGUGCACCUUCUGCACACAGAAACACUCCAAAUGGGAGACCCUCUGAUGCUGCAAGAACCUCAAUUCAACAAAGCCAUGACUCAAAUGAUGAGAGUAAACAACAGAAAGAGCAGGCUCUGGAGCUUGCUAGGAUAAAUACAGGCACCAAUCAGCAGCAGUACAACGAGACCAAAUCCCCAGCCAAAGAAUUUGUGUUGCCAAUCACUGGGAAUUUGCUUGUGAAUAGCAGCCCAAGAACUAGUGUUACCAAGAGCAAAGAGUUGAACUUUAUGUCCAGUUCCUGUUCUUACAACAACAAAGGCGUAAUGGGGAAUAUCAUGAGGAAGAACAGUGAUGAGGUUACGCAGUUUCGGAGUCCAAGGAACAACAGAGUGGACCCUGAGGUGUUGAAGUCCAUGGGGAAUGAAGCCUACAAGCAGGGAAGAUUCGAAGAGGCUUUGGCUUUGUAUGAUAGAGCCAUUGCUCUUGACUCUAAUAAGGCAACGUAUCAUUGCAACAAGAGUGCAGCUUUGAUAGGCUUGGGAAGGUUUCUGCAGGCAAUUGUAGAGUGUGAGGAAGCUAUACGAUUGGAGCCUUCCUAUGAAAGAGCCCACACCCGUUUGGCAACAAUUUAUUUAAGGUUGGGAGAAACAGAGAAGGCACUGAAUUGCAAUGAAACAACUCCAUAUGUUGAUUCCGUACUCGCUUUCCAAACUCAGGCUCUUGGAAAUCACCUUAGCAAAUGCACUGAAGCUCGGAAAGUCAAAGACUGGAAAACUGUAUUAAAGGAAACACAGGCUGCAAUAUCCUUAGGCGCUGAUUCAGCUCCACUGGUGUAUUCUUUACAAACUGAAGCCUUGCUAAAGCUCCUAAGACAUCAAGAGGCAUAUGCUACCUACGAGAAAAUGCCAAAAUUUGACCUUAAUUGUUGUAACAAAUUAUUUGGCCCGGCUCGUAGCGCUUACCUAUUGAUGAUAGGCGCACAAAUUUACUUGGCAGCUGGCAGGUUUGAGGAAGCUGUGACAUCGUCUCAACAAGCAGCUAAACUUGAUCCAAGCAACAGUGAGGUAAAUGCAGUGGUGAGAAGGGCCAGAGCAGUUGCAUCAGCCAGAAUGAGUGGUAACUUACUCUUCAAGGCAUCAAAAUUCAUGGAAGCGUGCGCUGUGUAUAAUGAAGGACUAGAGCAUGAUCCUUACAACUCAGUUCUGCUAUGCAAUAGGGCAGCGUGUCGUUCUAAGCUUGGUCAAUUCGAGAAAGCAAUCGAAGAUUGUAAUGUAGCACUUUUAGUUCAGCCUAGUUAUAGCAAGGCAAGGCUGCGGAGGGCAGAUUGCAAUGCCAAGUUGGAACGAUGGGAAGUUGCCAUUCAAGACUAUGAAAUGUUAUUAAGAGAAAAGCCAGGGGAUGAGGAGGUGGCCAGGGCUCUGUUUGAGACCCAGCUCCAACUCAAGAUGCUACGCGGUGAAGAUAUUAAGGACUUGAAAUUUGGUUCAAAUUUGGUUUUAAUUUCGAGCAAUGAUCGGUUUAGGCAUUAUGUAACAUCACCUGGGAUGUCUGUGGUGCUCUUUUGCAACAAGGCAACACACAAGCAAGUGUUAUUGGUGUUGGAGCAAACCUGCAAAAGAUUUCCAUCGGUUAAUUUCCUUAAGGUGGAGAUUGAAGACCACCCCUACUUGGCGAAAUCAGAAGGUGUGAACUCCAUCCCAGCCUUCAAAAUAUACAAGAAUGGAUCAAGGGUUAAGGAAAUUCCAGGCAACAACCACGACUUGUUAGAAAAAUUAGUUAAAUUAUAUAUCAGAUGAAGAUAAUCACACUUCUUCGAAUGACAAUAUACACCGCAGGAAGUGAAGAAGUGUAUCAGAUUUUUCAGAAUCGAAAGGAAGACACUGAAAAUAAAUCAAGCUGAUUAUAUGUGCUUCAUAAAUUUGGUCUCCUUGCUUACAAGGCAGAGGAAGCAUGGCCUUGUUGCAACCUGUAGAGAAGUUUAUAGGAAAAGUAAUUCUUUUGUGUUAGUAAUUAAUUCUUUAAUACUUUCAACGUUUGAAUAGUCUGCAAUUCUUCAUAUUCAGUGCAUAUUGAUUUGGGAAACCUAAACAUUUUUUUUUCGUUGAUAAGUUAUAUACACUUUACAAGAGUGGUUAUUUUUGUGGUUAUUUUUUAUUGUCAUUCUAAGUUAUGAGGAAUAUAGUAGAAGGAACACAAUUGUUGUACUUGUACAUUACAAAAACUUUCUGGUAUAUGUGAACUUCUGUUUUCAAUUGUUGUC